AUGUCUACGUCAGUAUGCAAAUCCACACCUUCUACCACAAAGACUAGUAUUGCGCCAACAAGUCGUGUACCCACAACCACCUCUAAUAGUAGAACCACAACUGCUUCAGUUAAUUCAACACAUUCUACAAUCACAAUGGAAACUUUUGCUCCAACCAUAACUAUUGUACCAACAAUUACUUCUACUGCAGUCUCAACUUCUGCUGUACCCACAAUGAUACUUGCUUUUGUCACAACUACAUCUUUGACCAUGACUGCUGCAUUGACAACAACCACCUCAACCCCUACCACAAUGACCACUCUUUAUCAAACCACAACUACAAUGCCUGCAACCACAUCUGCUGCUGCAUCCACAAGUCCUGUACCCACAACCACCUCUACUACUGGAACCACAAUUGCUGCAGCCACAAGGAAACUUUCUACAACCACAAUGACAACUCUUGCUCCAACCACAAUGACUGUUCCCACAACCAGAUCUGCUGGACCUGGAUCUCCAUCUGCCUUUCUGACUGUCUCUUCAAGAAGACUUGUUUUUAAAACCACCUCUAUUCUGUUCUCAACUGAAACCACAACUGCUGCAGCCUCAAUGACCCCUUCUACAACUACAUUGGCCACUCCUGCUCCUCUUAGAAGUACGAUUGACACAACCAGCUCAUCUCUUACCACAAUGACCACUUCUGUGCCAACAAGUCCUGUACCCACAACCAACAUCACUACUGGAACCACAACUUCUGUGCUCACUAAGACACUUUCUACAACUACAAUGACAACUUUUUCUCCAACUACGACACCCACAAUCAGCCAAUCUGUCAUGACCAACUUUGCUUCAACCACAAGUCGUGUACCCCCAACCACCUCUACUGCUGAAACCACAACCUCUGGAGCUUCAAUGACACUUUCUACAACUAUGACCAUUUCUGCCUCAACUAAAAGUCCUGUAACCACAACUGCUGCAACCAUGUCCUCACUUUCUACAACCAUGACAACGCUUGUUCCAACAACUAUGAUGCCCACAACUACCUUUGCUACCUCAACUUCUGUACCCACAACUUCACAGGUCAUUGUCUCAGUCGUACCAACCCCCAAGGCAGCCUGUGCUCCAAUCACAAGUUCUCUUGCAUUGAUCACAUCUGCUUUGACUGCAAUGACUAAAAGGGCUACUACAACUACUUUGUCUACCAAUAAGAUUACUUUUGUUCCAACUUCAAUGCUGAAAACCACCUCUGCUACAACCUCAUCUCCUGUUGUGCCCACAGCACCACCAGCCACUACGUGGUCUCCGACCACCAGUCCUGUGCUCACAACCACAUUGGCUCUGACUAAGACUACUGGAACCACAGCUGCUCUGGUCUCAAUUUCUACAACUACAUUGCUCACGGCAACCACAAGUCCUGAACCAAAAACCACCAGAAUUCCUUCAAGAACCACACCAAAUGUUCCUGAAUUGGUGACUACGUCUGCACACAAAACUAUGUCGGCUCAGCCUAUGACUUCUACUUUUCCAACAUUCACAUCUCCUGUUAUUACCACAACCUAUGUUCAGACAGGAAUGGUAGUUAGUCCAGCUUCAGUUUCAUCUAAAACUACAUUGACUCCUGCUGCUACUACUACUCAUGCUUCCACCACAAUUACUCUUGCUGUUCCCAGCACACCUUUACUGCUAACCACACCAGUAGAAACCAGGCCAGUUGCAAAAAGUGCCCCGACAACAUUUGUGAUGUCAACACCUGGAAGAACUUCUUUAGUAAAAACACCUGGAACAACCAGUAGUCUGGCCUCAAUCAAUGCAGUCAGGUCUACAUCCUCUUUAGAAAUGAUGGCUCCCUCCCACACUACGACAGCUAUUUCUACAGGGACAGCAAUAUCUGUAACCGCUCCAGUGUUGGCAACACCAGUAACAACUAGUAGUCUGGCUUUAAACACUGCUAUCCAAUAUUCAACAGGAUUGACUGCUCCCUCUCCAGUUCCGACAAUACCAGUUGGAAUAACUUCGACAGUGUCUGAAAAGCCUAGAGAAAUUACUGGAAUCAGGUCUACAACAUGCCUGAAUGAAAUAAAAAUUCCCUCCAGAGCUCCCAUUACUCUGCCAGUGACAACUUCUGGAACAAAUUCCCCAGUGUCUGCAUCACCUGGCACAACCACAUCCUCUUCAGGAAUGACUGAGCCCAUCCCCAGGUACAACCACUACUUCUUCAGGGAUGGCAACACCUAG